AUGUCCCCGGGGCGUGGCAUGUAUGUUCCGCGAGACCCCCGGACUCCGGCGGGCGGCGUGCUGGGGGCGGGCCGGGCAGCGGAGAGGUACCCCAGCUCAGGUUCAGGCCCAGAGAGAAAAAGGACACGACCCAGGGUUCUUCUCAGCUCAACUUCAGCAGUUCUGUUAAAGAACUCUCUUGCUCCAGUGCAUGAAAUAUGGACUCGAGUGAUGAUUCGGGUAAACAGCUCCAGAGUGGUGAGAGUUACACAAGUGGAUAAUGAGGAGAAACUGAAAGAGCUGGAGCAGUUCAGUCUCUGGAACCUGUUCUCGUCCUUCCUGAAGGAGAAGCUGAACGACACCUAUGUCAACGUGGACCUAUAUAGCACCAAGGUCUGCCUCAAAGUCGAGGUCCUCGAGAAGGACACGGAGUACAGCGUCAGUCUGUCCCGCAGAUUUGACCCCAAACUCAUCCUAAUUUUCUUCCUUGGACUUUUGCUUUUUUUUUGUGGAGACUUAUUAAGCAGAAGUCAGGUUUUCUACUACUCCACUGGGAUGAGCCUGGGGAUUUUGGCCUCUCUGCUCAUUUUAAUUUUCUUCAUGUCCAAGUUCAUGCCCAAGAAAAGCCCCGUCUACAUCAUCCUGGUUGGAGGCUGGUCCUUUUCUCUGUACCUGAUACAGCUGGUUUUAAAAAACUUACAAGAAAUCUGCAGGUUUUACUGGCAUUAUCUUUUAAGUUAUGUCUUCAUAGUUGGAUUCGUGAGCUUUGCUGUGUGUUACAAGUAUGGACCCAUGGAAAAUGAACGCAGCAUCAACCUGCUGACCUGGUCUCUGCAGCUGACAGGCCUGUUGCUCAUGUAUUUUGGUAUCCAGAUCCGGCAGUUUGCCUUUAUCCUUGUCAUCGCUGCGUUAUGCUCUAAACACGUGGAAUACCCCGCUCAGUGGAUUAAAACCGCUUACAGAAUGGUGUCUAAGGCAACAAAAAAGCCGAUACCCCCUCGCCUCCUGACAGAAGAAGAAUACCGAAUCCAAGGGGAGGUGGAGACCCGAAAGGCCCUGGAGCAGCUCCGAGGCUACUGUAGCAGCCCAGAGUUUCCUGCAUGGAAGACCAUAGCUCGCAUCCAGUCUCCCAAGAGGUUUGCUGACUUUGUGGAAGGAUCUUCUCAUGUCACAGCAAGUGAAGUUUCUGUCCAUGAGCAAGAAUAUGGACUAGGGAGCAAUUUUGCAGAGGAUGAACUCUUUGAGGACAUGUCAUUUGAGGAAGAGGAUGAGGAGAACCUUAUAUGUCCCUCAGUCAUACAGAACCAUUUAGUGUCUUAGGUGGCAUCUUGGUAUUUUCUUUUCUUUUGGGGGAGUGGGGCAGUGAGGGUUAAAUGACUUGCCCAGGGUCACACAGUUAGUAAAUGUCAACUGUCUAAGGCCGAAUUUGAACUGGGGUCCUCCUGAUCCAAGGCUGAUGCUUUAUCCACUGCUCCACCUAGCUGCCCCCACAUCUUGGUAUUUUCACAUGGACUGAAUCAAUUUCAAGGUGGCCAGAGCUUUAACACUCUCUGUGUGUGUAUACAGAUGUUUCCUGGCCAUCUGAAACUGGCAUGAGAUGUUACAGAGCUGCCAUUUUAGAGGCCUGAUGGGCAUCCCUUCUGAACCCUGGCUGGUGAUCUGCAUAAGGAGCUUAUGAGAAGCUAGGGAUUGAGUUAAAUAACCAAAGAAUAUGGGCACUUCCUUCUAGAUCAAUGAGCGGUUCCCUCACCCUCUUCUCUCCCACUGCAGGCUAUCUUGCCCAAGGUGUUCAUGCCGAUGCUUUUAUAGCCCCGGCAUCUGGUUGGUAUCUUCUCUGUACAAGGGUAUUGUGCAGUUUGGCCCAUUCCAGUGCUCUUGUGUAUGGUUGGCACUGAAGACCACCAAUCAUUAUAAGUGCAGAAAUGUGUUCAGGUAGCGGGUGGGGAAAAUUUCUCAGUCUCUGCUUCUUUAUAGGAAAAUCCACAGGUCUCUGGGAACUUCCUGUAUCCCUGCUUAGGUGCAAGUAGUUUCAGGAUGAGAUUUUUAUUUGGCCAUUUUGAGGAGAAGGUGCACUUCUUUCUCUUGGAUUUGACUGAACUUACAUUGAAAUUUUAAAAGCUCAUACUUCAGAGUGGCAAGAAUCAUUGGAUCACACUGUCAUACUUAUCAGCCAUUUUAAGCCUCGUAAAUUAUAAUGAUUCAACUUUUGAUUAAUUCCCUCUGGUUAUUAGAGACUUUUCAAGGGUUGUUUUUGGAACUUUAUCUUCCAUCUGAUAUUGUCAGUGUUCCUCCCUCCAGGAAUUGUCUGCUGCUUUAGCCUCAAAGUGGUUAUAGUUCAUUUUUUCACCUGCAGUUUUGUUGCUGUUUUCCCAGAAAAGCCACUUAGCUUUGUCUGGGCUGGUUGGGGUGGUAUGGGCAGUGUGUAAUGUUGUUCUGAAAACUUACAUACUUUUUCCCACUAGUUUCCCAUUUCUCCCCUCAGGGGCCACGUGUCUUUGAGUCACCCGAGAAGUCAAGUGGGACACUACCCCCUCUUCCUCUUUUUCUGUCUAGUUCAUCUCCCCUCCUUCUCACCCCAUGCAAAUCUAUGGGAAGCAGGGGGAGAGGCAUUAUCUAGACUCUGGUCUUCUCAGAGUAGAAUUUUUCUGCCAUGUGCCUUUGGAAUGGGGGCUUGAGGGUGCUACCAGUAAGAGCUUCAUGAUUGAAAAAAAAAAUCCUCAGCUAUUCAGCUGCCACUAUUCAAAGGACCAGCAACUUAGACCUCAGGAUGUCCUCUCAGUGCCCUUGAAGUUGUGGAUAGAUAAGCAGUGCAGUGAUCUUUGCUCAUGGCUUUGUGUGUGGCUUUUUAUCAUGGGACAGAGGGACAUUAACCUCUCAUUUCAGAUUCUCUCACCAUAAAAAAGGCGGAUGGAUUGGGACCUGACCUGCAGCCACCCCCAGUGGGUUAUUAGAAAAGCCUUCCCUCCUGAGUUGCCAAGUGCCUUUUUCUUGUUUGACUUUAACUAUGAUUCCAACCCCAAACCCCAUAGAAUGCAGACCUCUUGGAAAAGUAAAUCAGUUUAGAGAGUGGAAAUCCAUCAGAACAGCAUGAGCAGGGGAGGCUUCACAUUCAUCUGUCCCACUGUCAAUGUGAAAAAGGCAAGUAAGUUUGUGAAAGCAACAGUGACUCUUUGCAGAGCUGUCUUUCUGACAGAGAUUCUCAGAUGCCUUGAGCUCAGCUGCUGACUUUCAGUUCUGAGAUUCCCUGUUCUGUGUGGCCAGUGGGAUGUUGUGGCAGUGGGAGAAAAGAAUAGACAGAAGAGGAAUGAGUUACUGCUGACACUGCUUCCCAAAGCUCUGAAUAACCCUGAGGCAUCAUGGAUCAUCACAGACUGGAAAUUCAUUCCUUGGAAAGGGGAGAAGUCCCACAAUGGAAUCUGAAGAGCCCAGAGCUUGAGGGCUAAGAAAGGGAUGUGGGUGCAAAAGGAGCUUCGUGGCAGCUGCGUCCAGUCCCGGAUGCCCCGAGUUGAGCAUGUUGCUUAUUUGGAACCUUAUGGAAAUGGUUCGACACCUAUUUUCGGGGACUUGUCUUUAUUUGUAGUGUUUGGUUGGGACCUGGCCUAUUUUCUGGCUCAUAAGCUCUCCCUUGGGGUUAGUAUUCAGUAGUGUAGAUGGAUUAAGUGAAUUCACCUGCCUGACUGAGGGAGGAGUGGGGGGGGGGCAGGGCAGAGCUGGGUAUUUAAUCCCUCCCUCUGGAAAGUGUCUUGUGUGCAGAGUUGGGAGUGUAGUAGGUUCACAUUUGACAUCUCUUUGGAAGUAAGGGGUUAUUGUCAGGACGGAUGACAGUUGUCUCCCAGAGACUCAAUGAGGCCUCAGACAGUCCUUGAAAGUCAGGGACGGGUGUCUUUUGUGUGCAGCCCUGACCCUGUUCCUCCUCCAUCCUUCUGUUACUCUGCCCCAGGUGCUUCAGGGCUGUUACAGAGAUUGCUUGGCUCCCCCUCUGCUGUUUAGCCUCCUGCCUCAGUCACUACUUGAAACCCCCUUUUAAUUUUCUUUGGCAGUUAUAGCUCCUGCAAUUUCAGCUCUGCCUUGUCACUGGGUUCCCAGACUGAUUUCAUCAAGGAGAUAACUAUAGAGUGAGCUGAAUGUUGGAGCCCUGUUAGCGGCCACUACAUCAGUCUCUGUGUGGCAAAUACCAGGCCAUAAAUUGGCCCAAGGGCACUCUUUCAUCAACAUUGGAGGAAACCCUGUCUGCCUUGACCUGGAACUUGUAUUGUGCUAUCUUCAAUUCGAGCAUUGUUGGACACCUUUCCACACCUCAUUGGAAAACCCCACAGCCACUUUUAAUCCCACCAAAAACUGAGAUUGUUCUUUAUCCAGACCCUUGACUCAUGGAUUACUAGUACAAAUGUGCUUUGCCAGUGAUGACCCUUUGGAUCUCAAAGUUACAUUUUGUGUUAGUAAUCACAUACCUUUUCUUCAUUGACUUGCAAGCUACCCAUCUUUCCCAAAAGCAAAUUAGAGUGAGAGAGAAUGUGUGUACACACACACACACACACACACACACACAAUACAUAUGUACGUAUGUGAAUGAAUGAUUAAAUUCAGAUAUGUGAAGGAACUGGAGAUACUCUUAGUCUCAUCCAAACUUUGAUAACCUUGUAAGACUUGAAAGUGGAUUGAACAAUUGUUACCCAGCAAAAUGGUAGUCCCACCGAAGCUGACAUAAAAAUGUCUCCAGGCUGUGUGCUGUUUUUCUUUGAAAUGAAGAGUAAGAGGAGGAGAGGAAAUGAGAUAUUCUUUUAAGUAUUCCUGUGGACUCAGGUCAGAUUUGCUGGAUAAUGCCCCCCAUGAAAAUGCCAAGAGUUUUAUCUGAUCAGAACCACUAAGGAAGGUAGUUUGACAGAUUUAUUGUGCCCACAUGUUCUGCUAGCAUUGAAACCAAGUAAUAAACCUGUAAAGUAGACUGCACACAGUAAAUGCACUUAGCUUCUUGCUUCUAUGGACUUAACCAUAGCAGGAGCAGAAGUGAACUAACCAUGCAAAAAUGGAGCUUGGGUUCCUGUAAAAUCUUAGCCCUGUAAGAGUCUUCUUAAUAUGGGUUUUGAUUCACGUGGCUCCUUAGUUGAUGAAAUCUUGAGAAAUGGGUUCUGGUCCAUAACUGGGGAAGCAUGGUCCUUAGGUUAUAUAAGGGUUGCUAAGUAUCCCAAAUGUUCAGUCAUUCAACAAACAUUUAUUAAGCACUUAGAGACUGCUGUGUUAGGUGCUGAAAGUGUUAGAAAGUUUGAGUAAGCCACCCUCCUUGUCCUCUUGGAGUUGAAUGUCUUAAGGAUGAAAACUGGAGCAUUCUGUGAGCUAACAUGAGGCAACUUCCUACCAAGACCACUGUUUCUUCAGCAGACUCUUGGAUAGGCAGCUUCCCUAAAUACAGGGUGUUUGGCCUCCCUCACCUAGUGCCUCUUUUCUUCUAAGCUCCCAGUAGCCCGUAACAGCUUUGGAGAUGGUGACACUGUCUUGAGUCAUGCCCAAGAAAUGUUUUCUGUGUUUAAACUCCAUUUUAGGUCAAGCCAACCAUACCAAUGAGAGGCAUUAGAUCUACGCUAUGGUCUUAGAGUAAAGUUUGUCUGCCAUGUGCCUUUGUAGUGGAGGGGGGAUGAGGGUGAGGAAGUAGUGUCAGCCAGUGGGCAAUGCCUCCAUGCUUGCCUGAAAGGGAGGGGGAAGCCUUUCUAUUAUACAUUUAAAAGUCUAUCUUUAUCCCUCUCCCCAUUUCAAAAACAUAAUUUUGUUUGCUUGAUCUAGACUUGGUUUUAUA